UAUAAAUUCUACGAAGGUAAGAGUUUAAGAAUCACUUUCCCUCCAAUGUAAUGGAAUUUACUGACUCAUUUAAUCAGUCUUCGAUGUAUAUAUUGUCGUUAAGAAUCCGUCACAAUUUAUCGAGUUACCCGGAUGGGCGGCCAUGUUGGCGGUAUUCGACUGUAAACAAACUACACGUUUUUAAGGGCUUUUGCUAAAACAGCUUAAUGUGAUGGCUAAAGCUUCCACUAAACUGACCAUUUCUUCGUGUAAAUAUCGAGAUGGACUUAAUAAAGAAGAACGAAUAAGAUAUAUGGGGAAACUAGAGCUAAUAGCAAGUGAAGAUCCCUAUGAAAUAGCAGUUUCAGCGUGGUCUGAAGACGUGUGUUUACUUCCACCGGUCACGUAUCCAGACAUAGUAAACUACUUGGUAUUUUCACCCAGUCCUUACACAUCAGAUGACUUAAAGAGCUUUAAAGGACUAGAAGCUUACAAUCAGUUCGUGUGUGGAUGGGUACGAGACAAGACUUUUAGACUUGUGAACGACAGAUGUGUUGUUAAAGCAAAGGUUCUUCAUUCGCAGAGAAUGAGUGAGAAACCAUUACAGCCAUGGCUUAUUGUCAGCAAGGAAGGGUGCAUUUUAGCAGCCCAUUGUACCUGUAUGGCAGGCUUAGGAGAAGCAUGCACACAUGUAGCUGCAUUACUUUUUGCCAUUGAAGCCACAGUCAAAUUGAGGGAUUCCAAAACAGUUACAGAAGAGAAAGCUUACUGGCUUCUCCCAAGCUCAGUUAAAGGUGUUGGCUACAAACCAUGUCGGGAGAUUGAUUUCACCUCAGCAAAGACCAUGAAAAAGAAAAUGGACAGAAUGUUAGAUACGUGUGGUUCAUCUGUUUACACACCCUGUUACAUGGCUAAGAAAGCACUCAUCCCUGAACCAACAGAACAGGAACUUUCUGUUUUAUUUAAAUCUUUGUACGACUGUCGUGACUCAAAACCAGCCUUGCUUUCGUUAAUUCCGCCAUAUUCAGAUGGGUAUAUACCAACACCAAUGGAAAAAAACUUUCCAAUUUUGUUAACAGAGUUGAGAGACGAGAGUGCAGUCUAUUUGAAUUACAGUGAACUCCUGAAAAAAUGUCAAGACAUUGAUAUACAAGUGACAGAAGAGCAAGCCAGAGUUGUGGAGACAGCUACUCGUGAGCAGGCACAUUCAAAAAUGUGGUAUCGUUUUCGGGCUGGGAGAAUUACAGCAUCCAAAAUGAAAACUGCAUGCUGUACUGAUCCGGCCUCACCAGCACAAAGUUUAAUCAAGAGUGUCUGUUAUCCAGAAAGUUACAAAUUUUCAACAAAAGCAACUCAGUGGGGAUGUCAGCAUGAGAAAUAUGCUUUGGAUAUAUUUAUGGACAAAAUGAAACCAUUGCAUGAAAAUUUCAGAAUUGAGGAUGUUGGCUUUUUCAUUAACCCUGACGUUCCUUUUAUUGGUGCAUCUCCUGAUGGGGUUGUAACAUGUGACUGUUGCGGACAGUGUGUUGUGGAAAUCAAAUGCCCAUUUUGUAAGAAAGAUACAAUGUUAGCUGAAACUAGUACCAAAAAUUUCUACCUAAAAGUGGGAGAUGAUGGUUUACUGAAACUUGACAGUAAGCAUCAGUAUUACUAUCAAGUACAAACCCAGCUAGGGGUAUGCAAACUGGAAUUGGCAUAUUUUGUUGUAUGGACAGAGAAGGAUCUGCACAUAGAACAUAUCAUGUUUGAUGAAAGAAUGUGGGAGGAAAUAUGUGAAAAGUCGAAACACAUCUUUUAUUCUGCAAUUCUGCCAGAACUUGUGGGCAAAUUUUACUCACGUCUUCCCUUCAGUGAACUUGCACAUACAGGACCUAUUUCACACCCAAUGUGA